CGCUAAUUUUCAAUUAAAAUGUAAUUGUCGUAUCACAUUUGCAUUUCAUUAGUUACAGUGUUACAUUACAGUCAAAACAAUCAUAUAUUUGGUACAAGAUCUGUGGAAUCUAAAUGUGAAAAUCAGCAUCGCUAAAUUUUCUCUAACCACUACAUAUGAGUGAAUGGGAAGACUGAGCUAAAAAUAUCGUAUCCAGUGAAUGUUUUACUUUCUCUUUGAAGUGAAACAUCCGUGAAAAUGAUACACGCUCUACUUUUAUAUGUAAUAUAAGUAUACGAAAGCAUGUGAAUGUGUAAAUGCAAGCAAAAGUAAUAGUUUGUGAAAAGUAAAAUGUCCACUCACAGCUGUUAAAACAAGAAGGGAGACUGUUUGCGGAACUCAACUAUGUACGACAAAUCCGAUAUUGAAAUGAUAGCACAUUGAAUCCUAGAGAAGAGUACCAGUACGCAUUGAAAGUGUGAAAUGCGAGUUUGCUUCAAACCAUUGCGGCGUAUACUUGUUGUUUGAACUACAAGGGCCGGAACACCAGGCAGGUUUGACGUAACCCUGAACCUUAAUGACGGCUUGAAGGAGUGGUCAAACUUUAGUUACGGUACAACAUGAUAUGCCAUUCAUUGACCAGAGACGUGGUAAAAUCUAUUGAAUUGAAGAGGUGGACGGUGGUAACAUUUUAGUAUAUGACAAUGGCCGACGACAACCCUCCGAGUAAACGUCCUCCUUACAAAAAGCGUAGUUCAUCAAUAUCUGCACCUGCAUGUGCAAGCUUGGAAACUAUUGUAAACCCUCCAUCGGAGAGUGGCACACCCGACAGUGGAACUCCAGGUAAUAGACGUCGUAGACCAGCCACUCGAUCUCAAAGUGCGCGCAUUACUGCUCCAAGAUCGGUGCGACGAAAACCUCAGUUAUCUCCAUCAACACUUCAAGAUUCAAGAAACCAUUGCACUAGUGAGCCAAGGUUGAACGAUAGCGAAACACCUCCACCACAAAAGCGACGCGGCUCACAAAGACGAUCUACACAAAACACUGGUGGAAGGAUUCAAAAUGUUAGAAUAAGAUUAGCUUCUCGAAAGUCAAAUGCAUUCUUGGACGUGCCACAGUUGAAUAUCCAAAAUUUACAAAUAGAUGAUAAAGAUCAAGAUGACAACUAUAGGCUAAGAACAUUUAGUUGUUCAAAACAGGGUAUUGUUAAUCGCGGAGAUUCUUUUAGAAGAAGAAGGUCAAGAAGUAACAGUCUUGCUCCAACCAGUCCUGUAUAUGCUCCAGAAGAGGUGCUUCCUCCAAAUAACGGACCAAUUGAUUCUUUUUACGUAGCUAUGAUUGGCGCAGCAGGUGUUGGUAAAGCGGCUCUCUUGUCACAAUUUCGGUCCUCUGAAUGCAUAAAUGCAUAUGAUACACGAGAAUCUACAGGGCCGCAAAGCAUAUCCAUAAUAUUGAAUGGAGAAGAAUCUGAACUGAAAAUUUUCACCGACUGCACUGGGAACAAGGACGAAAUGAUUAAAGCAGACGCAUAUAUUUUGGUGUAUUCAGUAGUUGAUAAGAGCACCUUCAGCCGAGCAGAACAAAUUUUAAAUAUGCUGCAUGACAUGGACCUCACCCGCACUCGUCCCGUAAUUCUUGUUGCAAAUAAAAUUGAUUUGGCUCGAUCGAGAGCCGUGUCUUCACAAGAUGGAAAGUGCUUAGCCUGUACUCACCGAAUUAAAUUCAUAGAGGUGUCUGUCGCAAUUAACCAUAAUGUAGAUGAACUCUUAGCAGGUGUCUUAUCUCAAAUUCGUUUGAAAAAAGAACAAUGUGCUACACAGGGUUGCAUAGAACCAUCAUCCGCACAUUGGUAUAAAAGCCGAAACGUCGUACGCGCAUCGAUGAAAGCUCGCCAAAUGAUCACCUGGAUAUUCGGAAAAGAAGACUCGAAAUUUAAAAACUGUGAAAAUCUACAAGUUUUGUAAGGUGGUCAACGUAGUUAAUUAUGUUUGUAAUUUCAUUAAUGUAUUCUUCUUCGGCAAAUUGUUGUGUAAAUUUGUGUUCAAAUGUA